AUGGAGCAACAAAACGAACUCAAUGAAGCAUAUGGUGCAAACUGUUAUAAUAGUGGUUGGGAUGAUUUCGGAAAGGGAAAACACCAUCAUAGCGGGCAAACGGUAGCAGAUGUCGUUAGGUGCAGAGUUAUGAGUGUUGCAUGGGUCUUCGCAAAUGGGUGGGGAACUACUGGGAGCGCUAACACGGACGGGGUCCAAAUCACGCAGGAAGAACGGAAUAUGUUCAGGUGUGAAGUAGCAAAUAUAUUUGGACAUCUACUGAAGGCAAAGUAUUGUCCACGGCAACGCGGAUUUAAGAGGGGUGUAGAGUAUUCUCGCAUAGCAUUCCAGAAAAUGAACAGCGCGACAACAGGUGGAUUUGGAGACCUCACGGGUCCUGUUAUCGACGGCAGGUGCACAGCAUGUGGGUACGGCGAGUAUCAAAGGUGGGCAAACGCGAUAAAUUUGAAAGUAGUAGAGUGGCUCAUGGAGCACGCACACAUAAAUGAAGAAAUAAAAAGAAUGGAAGAGGCCAUGCCAUGUACCACACAAUGGACACAUUACAUUAAGCAGCUGGACCCCGAGCACAACCCUAUUAAGGGCGGGGACAGAGACUGGACCAGUAUCAAAGCCCGUUUGAGCGCCGCAGGGAACACGACGUUAGAGACAGCAGAGAAGGACAUGGAGGGAGAAGUGAAAAAGAUAAUUGAGAAGUCAACUUCUUUUAACAUGACCAUAGGAACAGGGUGGUACACGUCAAAUGCAUUUAAAAUGCAGAUUUACAUGAAUAAUAUGAACGGGUAG